AUGUUGGCAGGAAAGCCAGAUACUGAGGAUGCACCCAUCAAAAAGUUGAAUGCUGUGCAAUGGGUCCGAGAUGACUUGCACACCCUGUUCACUGAACAUUUUCUGACCUCUCUGGACAGGAGUAUCUGUGAACAUCAGGCUCAUUUGAUGAUGCUGCAUGUCUGUGCUCAUGUUGAUAGUAAACAGGAGACAGAGGGCAUUCGGCGUGGAGCCAGGAGCCGCGGCGAGGCGGCCGGGAGCUUGGCGUGUGCUGGUGACCCGAGGAGAAGAGGCGGAGGCGAUAAGGAAGUGAAGGAUGCCAAUGCUGCGCUGCUCAGUAACUAUGAGGUGUUCCAGUUACUAACUGAUUUGAAAGAGCAGCGUAAAGAAAGUGGAAAGAAUAAACACAGUUCUGGGCAACAGAACUUGAAUACUAUCACUUAUGAAACAUUAAAAUACAUAUCAAAAACACCAUGUAGGCACCAGAGUCCUGAGAUUGUGAGAGAAUUUCUGACAACAAUGAAAAGCCACAAGUUGACCAAAGCUGAAAAGCUUCAGCUGCUGAAUCACAGGCCUGUGACUGCUGUUGAGAUCCAGCUGAUGGUGGAGGAGAGUGAGGAACGGCUGACAGAGGAGCAGAUCGAAGCUCCGCUCCACACCGUCACAAGCAUCCUCCCCGCGGGGCCAGAGGCUGAGCAGCAGCAGAAUACCAGCGACGACGUGGCGAUGGAUGAGGAGGACCCCGCAUAGAAGAGCACAGCUGGCCCGAGUGUCUCCUGAAGUUGAAGGCCCAGCAGCCGUUUCCCAGACAUUCAGAGGAUUGUUUAUUUGAUUUUACCUUCUGUCCCAACAGGCCUCAUUUCCCGGUUAGUUGGGUAAACCACAAAAAUAAUCUUAAAAGAAAUCCUUGUGCCUCUGGGAGAACAAACA